AAACGUCAGGAGAGAAUGCUUCUGGAACAUGGCAAGACAGCCCGGAAAACUCACAGCAUCCUGGUUUAUGGGAAAUUAGAAAAGGAUUCUGCUAUGAUUAAAGCAUUGAGUGGUGGAACAGAUAACCAAAAAGCCUUGCUAGUUCCCCUUUCACGAGUUCCUCUUUCAAAAUACCUGGAAGUAGGGACAGAUCUGGUCUUUCCUGUUUCUCUUCCUCCUAGGGGCCUUGGCCAAGUCGUGACUGACUACGUGCACGGCGAGGCGUCAAUCCGAGCGGCCAACGCGGGCCUCUACCUGCUCUCCAUGGCCACCUUUGCUGGUCUCUGCUAUUUCAACUACCACGACGUGGGCAUCUGCAAGGCGGUGGCGAUGCUGUGGAGCCUCUGAGACGCGGCCUCGCCUUUCGGCCCAACGCAAUGAUUGUACACCGCUGCCUCUGCUUCAUUGUAUUAUUCCUGAGUCAUUGGAUGAGGGAGAGAUAGCCAUAAAGGGUCCCGUGUAGCGCGGCUUGGAGAAGGAAGGAGGCCUGCGACUGUCGCCGUCCAGCCGAACCGGGGAUUUCCCGGCAAGCCGCGAAUUUCCACUUGAAACAGGCUAGAAUCAGGGAAGAGCGGAGAGGCGAACCAAUAUGAUUGUAGUGGCUGCCAUGGCCGAUGGCUGGCACUCCCCAUCUCAUAUGGCAGCUUGGUUUCAACGGAUGCUGUAUAAUGAUUUUUUAAAACCCCACUCCGCCUCUUCUGAUGUUGCCCUUAGUGAUGUGUAUCCAUAGCAUCUUGUGCAUUGCUCAGGCAAGUUGCAGUCAAAAGGGAAGACCGCUGUUUAAUUUCUGUACAAUAAAGAAUUUACACAACCCUCA